CAUUUGUACGCGUUGGGAGUACGAGACAGGAAAAUCCCUAUAAAGCGCCCAUCCGUCUCCACUUCACUUCCCGAAUAUGUUGUGGAAGGAAUCUGUAACUGACUGUUUAUCUGUCUCUAUCCGGCCAUCCUCUCGUAAAGGUAACGGCGAGACUUUUGGGAAGUGAGAAUCAGAUGAACCUCCAAAUGCAGCCGAGGCCGAUGGACUCCUUCUCUUCUCCCUGCAGCUCCACCUGUUCAUCCGCUACUGAGCUCGCAGAGAUGUCCGCUACAGUUGUCGGAGAAUUCGCUCCAGAGUCGAAUUCUGUAUUCGAAGAUAAAAAAGGCGGUAAAUCGACUGAAGAAGAAGAAGAUGAUGAUGAUGAUGAUGAUGAUGAUGAUGAAGGCGGUGAUGGUGAUGGUUUCGACUUCUCUUUUGUGUGCAGCAGAGAGUCGGUGUCGUCUCCGAUUUCGGCUGAUCAGAUCUUCCACAAUGGCCAGAUCCGGCCAGUCUCUCCUCCUCUGUUUCUCAACACCGACUUCACUUCUUCCAAUCCUUCGACUCUGUUAUCGACUCGCGCUUGUCUGAAGAAGCUUCUGUUCAAGCACCGUGAUCCUCCGUCGUCGUCGGAGGCGGACGACCUCGGCGCGGUUCCGCCGGGGACGUAUUGCGUAUGGACGCCGAGAGCGGCGGCGGAGAAGCUGAGGAGUUGGAAAAGCAAGUUGAUGGGGUUCUCCAAGCGGUGGAAGCUUCGAGACCUUUUCCGCCGAAACAGCAGCGAAGGAGAGCACUUCCGGCGGAGUAAGAUCCGCGAAUAGAGGCCUAGCCCAAUA